CCUAAUAUUAGCUGUUUGUUUGUUCUGCAGUGUGUGAGUUCCACUGAGGGUUAAGAUUACGGUGGUGAUUAUAAAACUCUUGCUGCCUUGGAUCGUAAAUGAGAAGGGGGGGGGGACAAAAGCACACCAGCAAUUUCAAUUAUUCAACAGAAAGAAUAAAUUAUUUUUAAAGAGCACAUACGAUUGUACAUGAAGCCAGAGGAGACAAUUAAUAAAAUGUCAUGUGAACAUUCCUUUUUGACUAUUACUUUGCAAAACACAUACUCGCUCACAAUGUCAAGUUUGUUUUGGUUGAAAUGUAUUUCGAACAUGUAAAAGAAAACCAAAAAGAAUGUAUCAUACAGAAAUUAAUGAUGUUAAACAAAAAAAGCAUAAUUAGAUACAUAAAUGAUAAAUACUUGAUAAUUGUAACUUUUUCGAAAAGGUGUGGGAAGAAGUUUACACUUAUUUAAUCCCACCCCUUCUCCGUAAAUUAACCUGCCACUGCAGCUUCAAGGGGACUCUGCAGUGAGACUGGUGACGGCUGACGGCUUAAGGUGCUAUUCUACAGAUACGGCGAUGUUGAAGAGAUGCAUAGGCCUACCUUACAUUAUCAUCAUUAUAGAGUCGCACAUGCUAAACUGAUGCAGUGAUACACACCAUGUCGCGCUGCAAGGGAAUUACACAUAGUUAUUACCACAUUUCCCUGACACCGUUUUUUAUAAUACACAGCUAAUUAAGCAGGGGCUUUCAUGCUAAUCCCAAAGAGUCCUACACUUUACCAGCCUUUAUGUAUGCACAUUGUUUGAAUUCAUGCGACUCCAUCGUGUGGUGAAUUUGAGAAUUUUCUAAAGGGCUGAACAGGUAGAAAUGGGAGGUACGCAACAGGUAAUCGGAUUAAAUUGAAUUUGGUUUAAAAUCAGUGCUACGACGGCCUUGAGCUUCACUUGCACUUUUAUUCGAACUACUGGAAGUAAGAACAACACUGCCAAGAUGCCGAUUGACUUGAACGGAUACUGGAAAAUGAUUUCCAACGAUAAUUUCGAGGAGUAUCUGAAGGCGCUCGAGGUCAAUGUGGCCAUCAGGAAGAUCGCCACCCUGCUGAAGCCCGACAAGGACAUCACGCAGGACGGGGACCACAUCACCAUCAAGACGCUCAGCACCUUCAAGAACUACAACAUGGACUUCACCGUGGGGCAGGAGUUCGAGGAGGACCUCUCAGGGGUGGACGACAGGAAGUGCAUGGCUUGUGGUGCUGUGUUCUCAGACCACUGUCUCCUGGGAUGGGGACCGGCUGGUGUGUGUGCAGAAGGGAGAGAUCGAAGGCAGGGGCUGGACCCACUGGGUGACCGGUGAUGAGCUCCAUCUGGAGUUGAGAGCAGGUGGAGCUGUUUCCCAGCAGGUGUUCAAGAAGACCUAAGACGGCUGCACCAGGAACCAAAUGGCGCCAGUUGGAUCAGAGGCACAUCACCAGAUACAACCGAACACACCUAUACUUCCCUCCUCAGUUAAACAUCCUACCACACAUGUAUCCCUUAAAUUAUAUUAUAUAUUAGGGAUAGCUAGCUAAAGGCAUGAUCAUGAGUUUCUCUGAUAGGCUGAUGACAAUGAGUUCUCUGACUGGUUGUUGUUCUAGAUAGAUAUGAAGCCAAAUAUUUAUUUGCCAUAAUGAACAGCGCUUAUUUAAAUUUAUAAUGACACUUAAUCUACUCAAGGCAGUCAAAGUGUUGAUAAAAUGCAAUGUAUAUGUUUUUUUUUCCCAAUCCAUUUGUGAUGGUGCCUUUCAAAAGCAAUCAAUAAUUAA